AUGGCUAUCAGCGAGUCUCAUCCCCAAGCCUCCACCAAACCAAACCAUUCUCCUCCAAUGGAAGUCCACUGCGUCAAAUGCGACUCCUGCGGCUUCACAGAGGAUUGCACCCCCGCGUACAUAGCACGCGUCCGUGAGCGCUACCAGGGACGGUGGAUAUGUGGGCUCUGCGUGGAGGCCGUGAAAGACGAGGCGCUCCGAUCAGAUAGGCUCAUCUCCACCGAGGAGGCCCUGAACCGCCACAUAAGCUUCUGCAAGAAUUUCAGAUCGUCUAGUAAGGAAAAAACAGAGCACCCUAUUCUGGCCAUGGGCCGGGUUUUCCGCCGGAGCUUGGAUACUCCGAGGGCGCUCCGGUCCAAUUCUAGCUCCUCUCUCGGUGGCGUUGAGAGGGUUGGUGGGCCGGCGCUGGUUAGGUCCGGCAGUUGCUUCCCUGCUCUCAAUAGCUGA